UUCAGUUAGCUUUGCAAAAAUGGGUGCGAAUAAGAAAAAAUCUGAAGAUCCACUGCGGAUCAAGAUCGGUGGAAUCGAGAGUCGUCAGAAGAAGCCACUAAACCGAGUGACAACCACCAAGUACACUUGGCUAACAUUCCUGCCCCUUAACUUCUAUGAACAGUUUAGACGAGCCGUUUACUUUUACUUUUUGAUAAUCACAAUCAUAUCAUUUUUCGUAAAUGAAACAAUAUCGCCACUGGUUUCCCUGCUUCCCUUGCUAUUUGUGAUGAUUAUCACGGCUCUUAAAGAGGGCUUGGAAGAUUUAUCUAGAUCGAAAAGUGAUAAGCUUGUUAACACAGCCAAAGUUACUGUAAUCCGAAAUGGAAAGGAAGAGGUAAUAAACUCACAGUUCAUUGUGCCAGGCGAUCUUGUCGUGGUGAGGAAUGAAGGUGAUGUGCCUUGUGAUCUCGUCCUUCUGCAAUCUUCAAGUGCAGACCGCAAAUGCUUCGUGACCACAGCCAAUCUGGAUGGAGAAACGAAUCUGAAGACCAUCUCAGUCCCACCGAACUAUAUACUUUCCUCGGAAGAUGGACUUGAGGGCAAGGAUUGCAUUGUCUGCGAGCCAUCAACCUUUGAUCUGUACAGCUUCAAUGGACGUGUAGAGUUGAACUCUCGAAUCGAAGCCAGAGGAGUAGGUGGUGCUGGUGAAGCCCUGCCACUGACCAUUGAGAAUCUUCUGCUUCGUGGUGUUAGAGUUAAGGGCACCGAGCGAGUAGUUGGAUGUGCUAUCUACACCGGGAUGCAUACCAAAUUGCAACUGAAUAGUCGCUAUACGGGUAACAAGUCGGCCUCCAGCGAGAAGUACAUCAACAGGUUCAUGGUGGCCCUCAUCGUGGGAAUGAUCGUGGUGGUAGUGGUAUUAUAUCUGAUCGAAAGGCAUAAGGAGGCGAAGGUUGUCCCAACAAUGCCCUUCUUGGGACCGCCUAGCAAUUUCAACUCGGCUUGGCAAAUCUUCGAGGACUUCCUUUCAUUUUUGCUACUCUUCAAUUACAUGGUGCCAAUAUCCGCUUACAUGAACAUUGAAUUGUACCGCAUUUUCGGAAUGCAUUUCAUGCACAAUGAUCUCCAUUUGUACGAUGAGGAAACCGAUCAGCCAUGCCGUGUUAAUGCCUCCAAUCUUAAUGAGGAAUUGGGUCAGGUUAAUAUUCUCUUCUCCGACAAAACUGGCACACUCACCAAGAACCUCAUGAAGUUCGUAAACUGCUAUGUUUCCGAUAAGAAUUUUCAACUGCAAAAUACCCAUCUCCUUUGCGAGGCCACCGGGGAACAGUUUGAACUGGAAAAGCUAGAUAGCGAAGCAAUUAUCUUUUUUGAGGCACUAGCCGUCUGUCAUACUGUGGAAGUCCUCCAUGAAGUGGGUGAAAAGCCUUUGGAGUCGCCAGAAUCCGUAUCGGAACGUAGUCAUUUGAUGGGCAGGAAAAUUGUUGAUCGCUAUCAGGCAACCAGUCCCGAUGAAAAGGCUCUCCUUGAGGGCUGUGCCAGCCUAGGUCUUGUGUAUGAGGGUCAGGACAAUGAUAUUUUGCGCAUCUGCCAGUAUCCCAGCGUUGAGAAACUGCAGUUUGAGCGUCUUCAUGUCCUGGAGUUCAGUUCGGAACGACAACGGAUGAGCGUUAUUUUAAGAGAUCAAAGCGGUACCAUCUGGCUAUAUUCUAAGGGAGCAGAAAGCGCCAUCUUUCCACGGUGUAAGUUGAGUCCUCGUGUGGAACAGACUGACAGUCAGAUUACGAAGUAUGCACAGAAAGGUCUUCGCACUAUGGCCUUGGCGCGACGUACUCUAACAGAGGAGGAGUUGGCCAACUUCGACGUGCUCUACCGGAAGGCGAAUACCCAGCUAAGCAAUCGCAACGAGCUAAUUGCAGAAUGUUACGAAACGGUAGAGAUUGAUCUAAACCUUCUUGGAGCCACUGCCCUGGAGGAUGCACUGCAAGAGAACGUGGGUGAAACCCUGGAAGCCCUGCAAACAGCUGGAUUAAAGAUCUGGGUUCUUACUGGUGACAAAGUAGAAACGGCCUACAACAUCGGUCUGGCUUGCCGGCAUAUUCCUCCAGGAUCAAAGCAGCAUUUCAUUGUCAACGUGACUGAGCCCGCGGAGCUAUUGUCAAGACUUAAGGAGAUAGAGGGAGAUAAUCCGGAAGUCCUAGUAGUCGAUGGUAUAACUAUAACAGCGCUAUUAAAGCAUACACCACGCCAGUUUGCCGAUCUCGCCCUGCAUUGCCGAGCGGUACUCUGUUGCCGGCUGAGUCCGCUGCAGAAGUCCGAGAUUGUCACACUGAUUAAGCGGCGCAAAAAACAUAUAACGGCUGCCAUUGGCGAUGGUGCUAAUGAUGUGUCCAUGAUCCAGGAGGCGCAUAUUGGCAUUGGGAUCACGGGUCGUGAGGGAAAACAGGCUGCCCGAUGUGCUGACUUUGCUAUUGCCAGGUUUGAGAUGCUGCGUCGCUUGUUCCUCGUCCAUGGACACUACAACUCCCAUCGCCUGGCCUUUUUGGUGCUCUUCUAUUGCUACAAAAACAUCAUCAUCACUGGAUGCAUGGCCCUGUUCCAGGUCUACGAUCUAUUCUCUGCCACCAAUGUCUACAACUCGCUUUAUCUUUGGCUCUUCGACAUCGUCUAUAUCUCGUUUAGUUUCACGUACUUGGCCAUUUCCGAUAAGGAUUAUAGCGAGGAAACGCUGCUCAGACAUCCGGAGCUAUACAAGCCACUAGCCCACAAUCGCCAGGCAUCCAUGAAAGUUUUCUGCUUGUGGAUGCUCAAUGGUUUUGUCCAGUGCUUCAUAAUCUUUUACUUCACCUACCUCGUGCUCAACGAUGAGAAUGUCCUCUUUAAUGGAGGACAGACAGCUAGUUUCCAGACCUUUGGAACGAUGCUCAUAACUAUAAUAGUGAUUGUGGGCAAUCUGAAACUGCUUCUGGUUGCCCGAUACAUGACCUAUCUGAACAUUUUCAUGAUCUUCGCCUCAAUUGCUGCCUUUAUGCUGACAACAUAUCUAUAUAACCUGGAUACAAGUGGAGAGCUCUAUGAUGUCUAUAAUCAGUUCAUAACCUCAUUUCCGCUAUGGCUAUUCACGAUUGUCUGCUCGGCAGCUUGUCUACUGCCUGAUUUUAUUAUCAAGGUUGUUAAUGAUAUGUUCAGAAAAGUACCGCCCGACAGCAAGACAGGAGUAUAAAAAAUCAAAUCAAAAAUUAGCAAUGAUCAUUAAACG